AGCUCUCCUAUUCAUGACGCAACAAUAGCAGCGACGUGAAAGGUGCGAUCGAGAGCUUACAAGCCGAGCCCGCUGCCUUGCAUUGAACAACCCUUGAACUGGAGGGGACCUGGCAUGCGUGAAAAGAGGCGAGGACAGCGAGCAUCCUAGCAUUAAUGCAGCCGCUAUAUGGGCGGCGGUUACAACUCCCACAACUCCAUCGGAGCGUAACUAAAAAGCAAUUGCUUCACACUGGAAGACAAAAAGAACACAGGCAUGACAGAAGCCCGUAGAUUAUUAUACAUCUUCAGCGUUUGGAUAGCUUCUUUAAUUAUCAGGUUUUAAUACAUCCUCACUAGUGAAGGUAAUGUUUAUCCGUAUAUUACCACCUGCAGUAGUACAUGUACAUCCUGUGUUGAUGCGUAAAAGCACCUGUUGUACUGCUACGGUGACGCCAGGCCAUCUCACCCAGUGUGGCGGAAUUGUAGGGCUUCAGCGUUAGAGGCGCCAUGUACCAGGGCAAUAGCCGUGGGAAAUAGGUGUUGAGGUGUACACUGAGGCAUUUCGGUGGCCAUACUAUUGAAGCCUUCGUUCAGAGUGAUGAUCUUACAUGGGAACCCGUCUUCACAUUUAUGAAAUCAUACACAGCGUUUACUCAACAUCGCUAUGUGCUGCUGAUAUCUUCUGAAGAGCAUUAUUGGAUUGUUGAACCCCUGUCCCUCCGAUGAACCUUACAAACGUCUGUGGUUGAAACAGUGAAUCGGCAACCGUUUGGGGGCAUUAUUAGUUUAGUGCCACUGCCAUUGGUACAAUGGUAUCAGGAACCCUCAUCUCCAGUCCUUAGGCCAGUUUUUACCUCUUCAUCAGUAUUCAGGCCGCCUUGUAUAUAGGAACAAAGUUACAAUCCGAUGGCGUCACUUGUGUCGUUCAGGUGAAGACACGAAUUAACAACAAAUUCAUUUUCUAUACUGAUUGACAAAAUACCGAUCUAUAUUCUGCUAAAACCAUUUUCAAAUCGCACGAACUCUUAGUUUGGAUGUGAUUGAUAAGAGACUGAUCACAGAAUGGAAGGAGCCGGUGGCGAGACAACAUCAGUAAAUGAAGUGGAUGUUGGUGUCAAAAGGACGUACCGUAAGAAGAGUGAGAGCAGGAAGGUAUCAACGCCAUCAGUAGGAACAGCAGCUGUGCGAGUUCAGCUCAAUAAACUAAGCGAGCAAGAUGUCGCCGACGCGAAAAUGGCCUCAGUCUUCGGUGACACGACUUCGUCAACGAAGGCGCCAAUGAGAGUCAAUCCCCUCUACGAGAAGAACGGUACCGUGGAGGUCAACGCAAGCGAACUAAGAAGAAAACGCUUAGGAAGUGAGUCGAGCUCGACGACGAACGGGAGUGUGACGAGGAUUGGUCCACCGCCGAACGGUUCUGUCAGCACAGUCUCCCAGAACGUACCGAUGGAGGACUCGAGGGGUGCGCAGAGCCCCCCUCCGAUCGCUUACGGGGGUAACUUCCAGUUGAGAGGGGAACGUGAUGGCGCCGCACCGACCACACCCAGGAGUAGUGUAGGGGGUCCAGCCGAUCAGGUGGUAAACUACCACGGCGUAGUUAUGCCUGCAAGGGUCCAGAAGAAUACCUUACCACGGAGUUACCUACCGCCGACCAUUCCCUCAGCCAGCCCGUUCGUGACACCCCGACAGUCGGUUACAGACAUCACACCAGUCGUAUCUCAAUCAAUCGACAAGGCCGAGGUCGAACAUCUCAUGAGACGGGCUCGAAUACGACGAUGGUGGCGCUGCAUUCUUCUUGCAAUCCUUACCUUUCUCGUCUUCGCCCUCAUCAUCAUCCUCGUCAUCGUCUUCUUAGCCAGAUGAUCGAACGACCGCAGUGCAAAGUUGCCAAAAUUGAAAUUGUAUACGGAAAAGAUAGAGACUGAAAAUGGACAGAAAUAUUUUUAUGUUUAUUAGACAUAGGCAUUGAUAUAAACUUCAUUGAUGCCCCAAGUCUAUGCCAUGCCGGAAUCGUCUCCAGUAUGACGAGAUCUGCCAUGUGUGAAAUUACAUUAAUCGAUGACAUGAUCUUGUAGAAAACCCACGAAGACAUCCUUCACGGCCGGGCCUUCGCGCUGAUAAAUGAGUUUCGCAUUUACUACGGGGAAACUCUCUACAACACAUCAAUUCCUUUGAAAAUGCAAUUAAAAUCACAAUGGAGAGCUGAGAGGCUUUGUCGAAAGUUGGUGGACUGGGGUAGCGGAUCGUCCGAAGAAUAUUGUACCGGACGAACAAUUGCAAAUAUGUAGUUGUCCAGGGUCAACAGUUUUCGAUGCUGUCCCGGUCCACCAAAUAAAGCAUCUCAGCCCGGGGGGGGGGGCACUUCCAUUGAUGAGUGGAUAUCAUG